AUGGCCGACUCCGAAGCAGCACCGCCUCCCGAGGCAAAGCAGGUCGUCUACUGCGGCGUCUGCACCCUUCCCCCAGAAUACUGUGAAUUCGGCGGCACAACCAAGAAGUGCGAAGAAUGGCUCCAGGAACACCACCCGGACAUGCAUGGGCGCCUCUACUCUGCAGACGCGCUCGAAGCCAACAUGUCCUCGCUCUCGGUCGAGGCCCAGCAACGUGCCGAGAAGGACGCGAAGAAGAAGGCGGCAAAGGCCGAGUCGGCGGCGGCCAAGGAGGCGGAGCUGAAGGCGCACUCGAAGGUGACGAUCAAGCGCAUCGAGCGCAACAAGCGCAAGUACGUCACCGCCAUCGUCGGCCUCGAGGCGUUCGGCCUCGAGCUCAAGAAGGUCGCCAAGGACCUCGGCAAGAAGUUCGCCACCGGCGCCUCCGUCACCAAGUUGCCCGCCGGCGGCGAGGAAAUCACCCUGCAGGGCGACCUGAGCGACGACGUCGCGGAAUUCCUCGUCGAGAAGUACGAAGAGGUGCCUGAGGACAAUGUCGAGUGCAUCGAGGUUAAGAAGAAGAAGGCGGCGGACGGCGCACCGGUCUGA